AUGCGCACCAUCAACACCGUCAUAUUCGAUAUGGGCGAGGUCCUCUUCACCUGGAAGCCGACCAUCGACACGCGCGUGACAUUCGAUAAUCUGCGAACUAUCACCCACUGCGAGACAUGGGAGCAAUUCGAGCGCGGAAAAAUCGACCCAGACGGUUGCUAUCAACAAUUAGGAGCCAAGAUCGGUUUCCCCGGAUCAGAGAUCGCCGCGACCUUUCGCCAGACUACGAGCUGUCUCAAACCCGAUCCCAGGAUGACAGCCCUGCUCCACGAGCUGAAGUCGCAGAACGUGGCCAUCUACAUGAUGACGAACAUCCCUCUCCCGGACUACCACCAGUUGCGGGCCAUGGAGUACGAGUGGGAUUUGUUCGACGGCGUUUUCGCGUCCUCGCUAGAGGGAAUGCGAAAGCCGGACAUGGAGUUUUACGAGCACGUUUCGAAACAGAUUGGCGCGUCGCCGGCGGAGACUGUCUUCGUGGAUGACAAGUUGGAGAAUGUUGCAGCUGCGCAGAGCGUUGGGAUGAUAGGACUGCAUUUUACUGAUGCGCUGGCGGCUUGCGCUAAGUUGCGGGACAUAAUUGCUGGACCGUCGUCGCUGUGCAAUGAUACAUCGCAUUCUUCUUCUGCAGUUGAAUCUAGUAUUGAACAGAGGACGUCAAAGCCUUCUGCGAAGGCUCCAACCGCCGCAAAUAACCCUGACGACAACCCAGCAUGCAAAGCCUGCGGUGAGUCCAGACCCAGCAAGUAUGAUAAGUGUGCUUCAUGGCCACAAGGUCUUCUUCAUACCCAAUACUAG